AUGGAGCUGAGGUCGGUGCUGAACAAACUGAAGCGCCGCGAGGACCUGACGGACGCCGAGGCCACGUCUGCCGUGCAGCACAUCACUUCGGCACAGGCAGAAGCGAAUCCCGUGGCCACAGGUGUGUUGCUCGCGCUGCUGGCGGCCAAAGGCGAGAGCGCCACAGAAGUCGCGGCCUUUGCGAAGCACAUGCGUCACGAGGCCGUGUGUGUGGCCGUUCCGUCUGGACGGCCAACGCUCGAUAUCGUCGGGACGGGAGGAGACGGCGCGAAUACUGUGAAUCUGAGCACCGCCGCUGCGGUUCUGGCCGCUUCAUGUGGCGCGCUGGUCGCGAAACAUGGCAACCGGUCCGUGUCCAGCAGUUCCGGGUCUGCAGAUGUGCUGGAAGCGCUGGGCGUGCCGAUGCUCCAGCCCGACCAAGUGGGGCGCUGCCUCGAAGAAGCGCACAUUGCUUUCAUGUUUUCGCCGCACUUUCAUCCGGCGAUGCGGUUUGUGGCGCCAGUGCGCAAGGUAAUGGGCAUACGCUGUGUGUUUAACAUCUUGGGCCCGCUGCUGAACCCGGCGGGGUGCAAGCGCGUGGUCAUUGGCGUCUACGCGCCGGAGCUGCUCGAUGUGUUUGGAAACGUGCUGUUGGCGCUGGGCGUCGAACACGGACUUGUCGUGCACUGUGCAGGACUGGACGAGCUUAACUCAAUAGGUCCUGCUGAUAUCGUGGAGAUUCGCAGUGGUGCCGAACAGCCGUUGCUCCGCUACGAAUUGCGUCCUGAGGACGUGGGCGUCCCGGCAGUGACGCUCGAGCAACUGAAAGGAGGCGACGCGGCUGAGAACGCCGUCAUCCUCCGCAAGGUACUUGGUGGUCGUGCAGCAAGUGAAGACCCCGUGGGCAACACGAUAGCGUACAACGCGGGCGCAGGGCUUUACGUGUACGGGUUGGCCGACAGUAUCAAGAGCGGCUACGAGAUGGCCAAGAAACAGCUUGCAAGUGGGCAGGCACUUGAUUUGCUGGACAAGUGGGCGUCAGUGGCGCAGCGGCUGAGCGCAUAG